AUGAAGAUCCAGGCUCUUUCUGCUCUCCUUUUCCUCCUGAUUGCCGCAAACGAAGCCAAAGUUUGGGACAAAUGUGAACUGGGCAGAGAGAUGAAAAGCAAAGGCCUGGAUGGGUUCUAUGGCUACCCACUGGGGAACUGGAUCUGCAUGGCCUUUCACGAGAGCAAAUACAAUUCCAGCGCUGUGAGCUCCUCCAAUACAGAUGGCGGCGUAGGCUUUGGAAUUUUUCAGAUAAGCAGCAAAUACUGGUGCCAAUAUGGAAAACUUUAUUCAGAAAACCGGUGCGACAAACUCUGCGGCAGUUUCCUAAAUGAUGACAUCAGCGAUGACAUUGAGUGUGCUAAGAAAAUGGUCAAUAUCAGCCAAGGGAUGCAUGUCUGUGCCUUGGAGGAUGGAGAGCUGGAAGACGUGUGCCAGGCAGUGGACUCUCCAUUAACCAUGAGUAAUGGUCGUCAGGGAUGA